ACAUCCAUGUUAAAAAGUAAUAGUAAACAAGAGUUUAAUUUAACCACACUUUGACGAAUAGACCUUGGCUAGACACAGUAAUUUGGAUGGUGAGAUGUUAGGCCACAAGCCAUACGAUAAUAAUAGUUCUCAGCAUCUUAGACCGAGGAGCAAACACAAUUUUAGGUCUUUCAUAAGAUUUGCAGUUUGAAGGAUUCGUUGAAGGUCAAAAAAUGGGGAUAUUGACACUUAUCGUCGAUUGUAUACAUGAUAACAUGACAACAUGUCUCGUAUUUCUACUCGUAUUCUUGGUUCUUUGGAAAUACUUCAGGCCAAGUCCUUGGAGACUACCACCCGGGCCAAGACCAUGGCCUAUUAUUGGGAAUAUGAACCCUCUGAAGUUGAGUACAUUUAUCGGUGAUGUAGAAGCAUUUGAGCUUGCGAGAAAAUACAAUACUCCAAUCCUCUAUCAACGUUGGUUUGGCAUGAAUAUGGUUACACUACAUAGUUAUGAUCUUGUGAAAGAAGUGUUUACCAGUGAUAAGAUGGUCGACCGUGUUAGACAAGGCAUCGACAAAUGGUUCAAUCGUGGUAUAAUUCAGGUGUCGGGUCAACGUUGGGUAGAACAAAGGAGGUUCACUCUAUCAACAUUAAGAGACUUUGGACUGGGGAAGAACAAAAUAGAGAAAACAAUACAAGAAGAAAUCACAGAACUCUUCGAGAAUUUAGACAAUAAGAAAGGGGAAUCAUUUGAGCCUACAAGUCUGCUCACAAAUGCUAUCUCAAAUAUCAUAUGUUCUAUGAUCUUUGGACACAGGUUCGAUUAUGACGAUACCACGUUUAAGAAUAUGCUUCGUAUGAUGGACGAGAAUAUUGAGAUACAUAUGCCACCAGUUUUCUUUGGAACAAUAAUACCCUUUGCAAAUUGGUUACCUGGUGAUGUUUGUCAUGUUAAAAGACUGGAGAAAAAUCUCAAAUAUAUGCAAGAUGAGGUGUUUGGACCUGAAUUUAGAAAACAUUUAGAAAACCACGAUCCAAAUAACAUGAAUGACUUCAUGGAUGUCUUCAUCAAUGAAAUAAAAAAGAGAGAAGAUGACAACGAAACGGAACAUUGGUUUACAGAGGAGCAACUUGGCUGGGUUAUUGAAGAUCUUUUCCUUGCUGGUACAGAGACAUCGUCUUCUACCAUGAGAUGGGCUUUCUUGUCUAUGCUUCAUUAUCCUGACGUUCAGAUGAAAGUACGAAAGGAAAUCCAUGAUGUCAUUGGAAAAGAAAGACUGGUUUCGAUGAAAGAUAGGUUGAACCUGCCUUACACAGAGGCAGUGUUGCUGGAGAUACAGCGCAUGCACAUCAUUACCCCCUAUGGGAUGCCGCAUUGUAAUAGAGAUGAUCCAAUGGAAAUAGAGGGCUACCUGCUCCCACCUCAAUGCAAUGUAGCAGUCAACUUCUAUAGUAUUCACUAUGACCCUGACUAUUGGGACCAACCUGAGAUAUUCAAUCCUGACCGGUUCAUCGGAGAAGAUGGGAAAUUCAAAAGAGAUGAACACGUGAUGCCAUUCUCGAUAGGAAAGCGAUCUUGUUUGGGAGAACCAUUGGCUAGAAUGGAACUUUUUCUGUUCUUCGCGUCCCUUCUGCAGAGAUACAGAAUAGCAUUGGCAACUGGACAACCUUUACCGUCCAUGGAGCGAAAUGCGGGAGGCAUAAUAAAACCAAAUCCAUACAACGUUUGCUUUAUAAAAGAUUGCUGAUACGGACAUUUGUGUCACUAAAAAUUGGGAAUUGAAUUACAUGUAAUAUGUAUCACAAUGGACAAAACAGCAUGUUUUUCAAGGCACCAAAGGGCAACACGGAAACGGGCUGUAAUGUUAUUCGAUGAGUUUCAUCUAAAACAA